AUGCAAAGCCUCUUGUCCGUACUGAAAGAUUCGGCAUUCCUGAUACCGGCCUUCAGAUUCACAAGGAAAGGAUCGUUGAUAAUUCCGUACAAAGCCCGGAAGGCAGCGACCGCCGCGUGGCUGCCGUCGCUAUUGCAAAACAGCGAACAGCAUAGGAGACCGCGGGAGCUGGUGGCUGCCGUGCCAGCUUUUUUCACGUGGAGUAGGGAAAGAGUACUCGACUUCUUCCCUUCCGCGUAA